AAAAAAGACAAAAAAAAAACAGGGGAUAGAGCUUUUAUCUUCACCGUUGGCUUCACUCGACGGACGGAGGAAAGUAAACUACCGCUUGGUUCAGAAUCAAUCACAGAAGACUGUGCUGAUGAGGAUUAUCUCAAUGGCCUCCACCCUCCGACCUUCCUUGGCCUCCUGCUUCUCCGCUUCUCCUCGCUUCCCCCUCGUCUCUUCCCUGAACCUCUCUCGCACCUCCCUCUCUUUCUCCCAUGUUUCUGAGUCAAAGCUUUUGACUUUGAGAAGAAGUGUGAGCUGCUUAGGAGUAGCUGAAUCUGGAAAUACAGCUCAAGCGAGCACAGAAGAGGAUCUUCUCAAGUGGGUCAAAGAUGAUAACAGAAGAAUGCUUCAUGUCGUUUACCGUGUUGGCGAUUUGGACAGGACUAUUAAAUUCUAUACUGAAUGUCUUGGAAUGAAGCUACUACGCAAGCGUGAUAUACCGGAAGAGAAGUAUACAAAUGCUUUUCUUGGUUAUGGUCCUGAAGAUUCUCACUUUGUCAUUGAACUCACUUAUAAUUAUGGAGUUGACAAGUAUGACAUUGGCGCUGGUUUUGGUCACUUUGGCAUUGCUGUCGAUGAUGUGGCGAAAACUGUAGAACUUAUAAAAGCCAAGGGGGGCAAAGUAACGAGGGAGCCUGGUGCUGUCAAAGGUGGCAAAACUGUGAUCGCAUUCAUUGAAGAUCCUGAUGGUUACAAAUUUGAACUCUUGGAAAGAGGUCCUACACCUGAACCUCUUUGUCAAGUUAUGCUCCGUGUUGGUGAUCUCGACAGAUCCAUCAAAUUCUAUGAGAAGGCUUUUGGAAUGGAACUUCUGCGUACAAGAGAUAACCCAGAGUACAAGUACACGAUAGCCAUGAUGGGAUAUGGUCCAGAAGAUAAAACUGCAGUCCUAGAGCUGACAUAUAACUAUGGUGUCACUGAAUAUGAUAAAGGAAAUGCUUAUGCCCAGAUUGCAAUAGGGACGGAUGACGUGUACAAAACCGCAGAGGCUGUAAAACUCUUUGGUGGGAAAAUCACGAGGGAACCUGGUCCUUUACCAGGUAUAAGCACGAAGAUCACUGCGUGUUUGGAUCCUGAUGGUUGGAAGUCGGUGUUUGUGGACAACGUUGAUUUUCUCAAAGAACUGGAGUGAGAGGAGAAAGGAGACCACCAAAAUGGCUAAUUUCAUAGCUAUGAAAGAAUCAAAGAAGAUGGGUUGUUUGUCUUGUGGUUUCAUAUAUCUCUUAUUGGGAGCAUUUAGUUUGUUCAAAGUGAAUGAUUUGCUUUUCAAAUUCCAGUGUAGUUAUGCUACAGGAUGUUCCAUGUUGCGUCUUGUAUAUUAGUUCUACUUAUACCAUAUUGCCGUUGGUAUACUAAACCCAAUAACAGAUGAUGGAGACCCGGUGAUCCUGAUUCUACCCAAAACUUCACAACUGUGAAUUGAUUUAUUGAGCCUCUCAACUUGUGGUGUAUAAGUGCAUGUUUUAUGUGUAGCAGUGUUUUUCAUAUUAACAAAACUGAUCAAACCUUUGAUUACAG